UCAUUUAAUCUUCACAAUUCUAUGAAGCAGUCACUAUGAUUAUCUCCCAUUUUGCAGAUAAGGAAAAUGAGGCACAAGAGGUUAAAGUGACUUACUGAAGGUUACACAGUAAGUGGCAAAGUUAGAAUUUGAACUCAGAGAGUCUGGUUCCUGAGCUUGGACUUCCCAGGUCAGAAAACCCCUCUCUGUAGGUCUCUAAUAAUAACAACAACAAUAAUAUACUGAUUAACAUGCAUGGAUUGCUUUCUAUAGGCUAGUCCCAGUUCUGGCUGCAUUUCAUGUAUUAGCUCAUUUGGUUCUUACAAUAGUACUAGAGAAUUGGCUGGGGGUCGGGGGUACUAUUAUCCUCAUUUUACAGGUAAGGAAACUGGGGCACAGUCACACAACAAGGAUGGGUUACCAGACACUCCAGCUCCAGAGGCAAACUUUAAACCACUGUGCUAUCUGGCUUUCCCAAGGGCUAUUCAGCCCAAGGACCCAGCAUCCAAGGCUCUUUGGAUUCAUGCCACAUGAUCUCUGCAUUUCCACCAAAGCAUGUCUUUUGUUUCUUGGUCUAUGCAUGUUUUUUCCUUCUUAACCAGACCUUGAGCUCCAUAAGGCCUGAUUGAAGAUCUGGUACCCCCUUCAGUUUCCCCAGCUCACAGCAAGGAUCUCACAGAUUCCUCCUAACAAUCUUGCGAGGUAGGCAUUCAUCCUUUUACAGGAAAAGGCAUGGAUUCAAAGAGGUAAAGACAGAACUGGAUGGACAGCAGUGUUUCAGCAGACAGAGUUUUCCAGCCACAAAGCACUUUCCCACAUCCCAUCCCACGAAGCCUCACUUCCAGGGGCAGUAAUAGUAGUACUGCUUGAUGGUUAAGAGCAAUGGUUUAGGAUCAGACCUGAGUUUGAAUCCCCACUCAACCACCUCUGUGACCCACAGAAGUCAUUUAACCCCUCUUGUCCUCAGUUACCUCAUCUGUAAAUGAGGAUAAUAAAAAUGCUUUCCUCAUAGGUCUGUUGGGAGGACAAAUGAAAUAAAGCACAUAAAGUCCUGUGAGAGAGGCCUAGAUGGGAGAAGUAUUAUGUGUGUGUAUAUAUAAUCCACCCACCCCCCUAAUGAAGGGUGUCAGGUCCCCAGACAGAAGCAGUUCUGUUUCCUGAGUGUGAAAUCCAGGAGGGCCCAGGACUGGAAAAAAUGACCCUGGGAAGGCCAGUCUGUGGGAGGUGGCUGAGCAAAAGGACAAGUGAUGGGUGCUCUGGCCAUGAAGAAGAGCCCAGGGAGGGAGACACCAGGUCCCAGGGUGGGGGAGGAGAGGGGGCAGCAGGUGGGCUCCCUGAGAGGAACAUCCUGUGGCCAUCUCUGCCUGGCACCCCAAAGCCCCACGCAGGGGAGAGGUGGGUGCCCUGUGAUGCACGGCCCAACCCAAGGUUCUCCAAGGAAGAUGCUGAUAAACUGUUUGCGGGGAUUAAACAGGUCCGGGAGCUCAAUCUAUCGCUGCUCUCCGUCCUAUUUUCCGCAGUGGCUCUGGCUGGACCGCUCUUCCGGGAGUUGGAGCUCUCGGGUGCGCCGGGCAGAGGUCGGGCCGGAUGGGGGCGCCGAACUGCUGCUACGCUCGAGCUUCCGAGGGCGCCCAAGGGAAUCGGGUGCUCCUCCCACUCCGCCUGGCCCAGUGCGUAAGGACUGGGGAGCAGUCUUAGCCGAGCUGCCGCGCUUGACCUUGACGGUUGCGCUUUACCGGCAUCUGGCCGGCUGCCAGGCAACAGCGCGCCGCCCCGCGGGUCUGCGGCUGCGGCACCGCCACUCCCUCCCUCCAGCGCAGGCGGGCGCUGGAUCCCAGGUUGAUCCAGGCCGGGUUUUGCGGCGAAGUCCGCGCGUGCUGAUUCCUCAUCGGUUGCCCUCGGCAGCGGUUGGCGGCGGGAGACCAUGGUGCUGGAUGAACUCUGGGCCGCGCUCUGCGGGCCCUCCGGGGCUACCCUGGCUUGCUUCUUGGUGGCGGCGGCCUUGGCCCUGCGCUGGUCCAGUCACCGGACGGCGCGGGGCGCGGCGGCCCGGGCACGACAGAGGCAGCAAGCGGCCCUGGAGACCAUGGACAAGGCGGCGCAGCGCUUCCGUCUCCAGAACCCUGACCUGGACUCGGAGGCACUGCUGGCCCUACCUCUGCCUCAACUGGUACAGAAACUACAUGGUGGGGAGCUGUCUCCAGAGGCUUCACUCUUCACCUACUUGGGAAAGGCCUGGGAAGUGAACAAAGGCACUAACUGUGUGACCACCUACCUGGCAGACUGUGAGACUCAGCUGUGCCAGGUCCCAAGGCAGGGCCUGCUCUACGGCGUCCCUGUGAGCCUCAAGGAGUGCUUCAGCUACAAGGGCCAGGACUCGACACUGGGCUUGAGCCUGAACGAGGGGGCGCCGGCAGAGUGUGACAGCGUGGUGGUGCAGGUGCUGAAGCGGCAGGGGGCCUUGCCGUUCGUGUACACCAAUGUCCCCCAGUCCAUGUUCAGCUAUGACUGUGGUAACCCCCUCUUUGGCCAGACCGUGAACCCAUGGAAGUCUUCCAAGAGCCCAGGUGGCUCCUCAGGGGGUGAGGGGGCCCUCAUUGCGGCUGGGGGCUCCCCACUGGGCUUAGGCACCGACAUCGGAGGAAGCAUCCGCUUUCCCUCUGCCUUCUGUGGCAUCUGCGGCCUCAAACCCACAGGGAACCGCAUCAGCAAGAGUGGCCUGAAGGGCUGUGUCUAUGGACAGGUAGCAGUACGGCUCUCAGUCGGCCCCAUGGCCCGGGACGUGGAGAGCCUGGCGCUGUGCCUGCGAGCGCUGCUGUGUGAGGACAUGUUCCACCUGGACCCCACCGUACCCCCCCUGCCCUUCAGGGAGGAGGUCUACACAAGCUCUCAGCCCCUGCGUGUGGGGUAUUAUGAGACUGACAACUAUACCAUGCCCACCCCGGCCAUGACACGGGCCCUGCUGGAGACCAAGAAGAGACUCGAAGCUGCUGGCCACACGUCCCUGCAGCUGGUUCCCUUCCUGCCAAGCAACAUACCCCAUGCUCUGGAGACCCUGUCGACGGGUGGGCUGUUCAGUGACGGUGGCAAGAGCUUCCUACAGAACUUCAAAGGUGAUUUCGUGGACCCCUGCUUGGGAGACCUGAUCUCAAUUCUGAGGCUGCCCAGAUGGCUUAAAGGACUGCUGGCUUUCAUGCUGAGGCCUCUGCUCCCAAGGUUGUCAGCCUUUCUCAACAGCAUGAAAUCUCGGUCAGCUGGAAAGCUCUGGGAACUGCACCACGAGAUUGAGGUGUACCGUCACUCUGUGAUUGCCCAGUGGAGAGCAGUGGAGCUGGAUGUGCUGCUCACCCCCAUGCUGGGCCCUGCUCUAGACUUGAAUGGCCCAGGCAAGGCCACAGGGGCCGUCAGCUAUACUCUGCUCUACAACUGCCUGGACUUCCCUGCGGGGGUAGUGCCUGUCACCACGGUGACCGCCGAGGACGAGGCCCAGAUGGAGCAUUACAAGGGCUACUUUGGGGAUAUGUGGGACAAGACGCUGCAGAAGGCCGUGAAGAAGAGCGUGGGCCUGCCUGUGGCUGUGCAGUGCGUGGCUCUGCCCUGGCAGGAAGAGCUGUGUCUGCGGUUCAUGCGGGAGGUGGAGCGACUGAUGACCCCUGAGAGGCAGCCGUGCUGACUACCGCCGCCUGGCCCUAGAGGGCCUGAGACCCACUGGAGCCACGCCCAGCGUAGUCAGGGCACAGCUGCCACCCUGGAGGAAGUGUUCAGCCUGGGGCAGAGGCUUCCAAGUCCCUCCCCCUCGCCCCUGCAAGAAGCCCAAACCCGCUGAGUCUGGACCUCGCUCCCUCCCCCGUUCCCCUCCCUGCCCUGACACCCCCAACGUGGCAGCCAGUGGGCAUGACAUGGGCGAAGGCCCACUAACAGUCAAGAAUCGGUUCCUGGUCUGUGUCCUUUCUGGAAGUCAUCGUUAGGGCACUGGGGGUUGGAGACCCGACCUUUUAGAACCUGACUCCAGCCACGUCAGUCUCCUGCUCCAAAACCUCCUCUGGUUCCUGUCACUCGCAGGAUGGACACAGGCUUCUCAGGAUGGGCGAUGCAGCCCCAGCACUUCACACCCACCCUUCCCACCCCCCUUAGACUAAGCCCUACUUUGUUAGACACUGUCUUAUCUUUUCUCCUUGCCUCUGCUGGGAAUGCCCUUUCUGCUCCCCUACCAUUAAAUCCUCUGAGGCCCAGCUCAGAUCCCUCUUUCUCCUUCUGAGCCCUGGAGUAGGUGGGCUGUUUCCUCCCAGUCUGCCCUGUGUGGUGGGCAUCCGCGGGUGGGUCGCCGCCCUUAGCACACUGGCUCUCCUUGACGGCAGGGAUACUAUUUCUACAUCUUUGUCCUCAGUGGCCAGCACAGGGCUGGGCACAGGGCAGCGGGGAGUCUGGGAUGCUGCUGGGGAGAGGACCCCGCAGGACUGAGGAGGCGAGCACAAGACACGGUGAUCUGGCAGAGAGUGCUCGCAGGGCCAGCCCGGGACUGGAAUGUUCUGGGAAGGCUUCCUGAAGGAGGAGUACCUGUGAUGAGUAUAGAAGGUCCCCAGGGCUGAGAUAGGGGACGAGGACAUCCCAGGGAGAAGGAACAGUAGUACACCCAGAAUGGGCACAGGAGGAGCAGCGGAGAUGUAGGUGGGGGUCAGAUCAAGGUGGACUUGGAGGGCCAGUUCAGGAACUUGAAUCCAGUCUCAAGGGCAAUGGGUCGCUCUUGAAGGAUCAGGCAGGUGUGGCGAGGAGAGUAGGCUGGAGGGGCAGAGCCUGGAGAGGGUAACGAGGCUGCUCCUUGAUCCUAAUAUGGGGAAGGGGGCCUGGGGCCUGAGCUACGGCCCUGGCCGAGGUAGAGAGAGAGGUGGUUUGGGAAUUGACAGUCGGGGGGUGGAAGUGAGCUGUCUCAGCUCAGGCUCAGCUCUGCCCAGUUUGCCAGCUCACCUCUUACUGGACUGCUUUGCCUGGUGGGUGGAGGGUUAGCUCAUCUGGAUGACUGGGGCCUUCUUGGGUUCACCAGCACAGCUGCCUCGCUCCUCCCUGGCUCCAACCCUAACUCGCCCGCUUGCUGUCGGAGAUGUUUCUGGCCUGAGCCCUCGGGCAGGGUGGGCCCCUGGCUCCCACCUGACCUACUUCAUAUUCUUUUCAGGGCAAGCUGCUUUCCCAAGGCUCCCUUCUCCACCGAGAUUUUCCUGCUUCUCCAGUGGUGCUUUCCCCUCCAAGUCACGUGCCCAGUGGCACCUGUACUUUCUGCCAGUGGUGUCCCUGCCUCAGUGGGGCAAGUCUCAGGGCAGACAUGAGGCCCUACCUUGGGGCUGACUAGAAGCCCCGACACACAUGGAUGCCUAGAUUGGGGUGACCAGGCAGCUGCUGCACUUUGCCCUGAUUUCUCUUAACUGCUACGUCAUUUUGCCUCAUAUCCUUGCAUAAAACCACGUGCCAUCUGCCCCAGCUUUCUGCCCCAUUUCUCUCUUAGGUUAACGAUAGCCUCGUGCUUUCAGACACGAGGCUGCCGUGGGGGGCCGCCUCUCCUCCAUUCCUUCCCUGGUUUAUUGAUGUCACCCUUGGACCCCAGCAGGGCUGUGCCCAGCCCCGUGCUUAGUGGUGCCGGAGUUCCGCCAAACCUGGCUCCCAUCCCUGAGAGGCUCCUGGGCCUGUGUGUGUGGAGGAUGUUGGCACAAGCACGUUGGCUCUCUUGUGAUCAGGGCCGGGGGAAAGGGUAGACGAUGGGGCCAAAUGCUGCUGAGGGCGGCGGAGGUGGUCAGUGAGGAAGCGAGUACCCCCUGCGUUCCACCUCCAUCUCUACACUGUGGUCCAAGCUACCUGCCUCUCACCUGGACACUAGUAACCGAACUGGGCUCCCUGCUUCCUUCCUCACCUGUCCGCCAACCCAUUCUCCAUACAGCAGCCAGAGUGAUCAUUUAAAAGUGUAUAUCAGAUCGAAUCACCUCUCUCCUUAAGACCUUGCAAUGGCUUCCCAAUCACCCGCAAAUAAAAUCCAGUCUCCUCCUCGA